AUGUCUAAAUCAAUAUCACUGAAGAUGAUUUAUUUCAUAUUGCUAAAAAAACUCUAGAUAUUGUCUAUUAGUCCUUCUAUUGUCAUAUACGUUAUUGGAUUAGGAUAUUUAAUAAAAAAUUAAAAAAAAGAAACUUAAUUAUAUUAAAAAUUCUAAUUUUCUUUUUUUCAUCUAUUUAAGAAUGAUCACAAUUGUUUUUGGAGGUAUUGUAAUCAAUCGAUAUAAUCCAAAAUUAUUGUUGGCGAUCAUAAUUUUUGUUAUUGUUAUUGUCUUGACAAAUAUUUUUAGAGUUGCAAUUGA